AAGGUGUCAUCAGCCCAAGAUUCGAGAGUCGCGUUUUCAACUUUCCGCUUCGCAGUUUUGUGAUUCUUUUUUUUUUUUUGGGCGCGUAUAGGUUGCGAGACUGAUCCGCUCCAACUCGAAGAUGACCGGGGUUUUUGAGAAUCUAAAUACUGAUAUGCAUUCGAACCAGAUUACCUCAAGCAAUUACCACAGUUUGCAUAAAUCGCAGGAGUCCCCGACUCUGCCAGUGUCCACGGCGACAGACAGCAGCUAUUACAACAACCAGCAGCCUGGCCACGGCUCUCCAUUUGGACAACUGGGCUCCUACCAGUACCACGGCAACCCCACGAGCACCGUGCCGUACAACACAAAGUCCUACGACCUCGGUUUCAACUCAUCUUACGGUGUUUACAGCUCGUACGGCUCGAACACUUCUCCUCCUCCGGCUGAUACAGAAAAAGAAGAGCGCGAGCCAGAAAUCCGGAUGGUUAAUGGAAAACCAAAGAAGGUCAGGAAACCUCGAACCAUUUAUUCCAGCUUCCAAUUGGCUGCACUUCAACGGAGGUUUCAAAAGACGCAGUAUUUGGCUCUACCGGAGCGGGCCGAGCUGGCAGCAUCGAUGGGCCUUACGCAAACACAGGUCAAAAUCUGGUUCCAAAACCGCCGCUCCAAAUUCAAGAAGUUGUGGAAAAGUGGAGAAAUCGUCCCAGAGCAACACGUUGCUUCAAGCGAAUCUCCCCCCUGCGCCUCUCCGCCAACUACUGCAUGGGACUUUCCACAGACUCAAAGAAUGAACAGUGUCAACUCCAAUUUACCUCAGAGCAGCAGCCCCCCCAACACGUCCGCGCCUUCAUCCUUUUUGACAAACUACUCCUGGUACUCCACCACGAACUCUGCGAUGCAUCUGCAGCCACCUCUGAUCCAGCACCACCACAACUCCGCCAUAAGCGCUGGGACGAUAUUCUGAAAAAUAUAAAAACAAAAAAGGGGGUUUAAAUCGGACAAUACUGGUGAAUUAAAAAAAAUGCCAUUACCUUCAUUUUACAGGCCUCGUGAGUGCGCCAUGCGGAACGUUCCACGCACGCACCCACAGGAGAAGGCGAGGGAGCCGGACUGGCUCGUGGACGUGGUCCGUUUUUGCGCUAUGGUAGUCACAGAUUUUUACAGUUAUUUUUGUAUUUAUUUAUUUAGUUUACGUCAAAGGAUGAGUGAACCACUAUUACCCAAAGCAAUCACAGCCUGGGCGCGAGCCUCCUUUUACGCUUUUUCUGCCAUUCAUCGCAGGACGACCUGUCACAAAUGUAGCACAAAUUAACUGUAUCGUGCCUUUUUCAAUAUGACCUCAUUUUGUUGUGCGAUGAAAAACUGUGUAUCUUUAUCCAUUCCUUUUGUUGAGUUGAUUUGAUUAUAGGCCUUUGGGGGUAAGUGAACCCAUGUUUGUAAAUAUUUUACCACAGCUUUUUCAUAGCCAUGUUGCUUUUGACUCUUUUUUUUUUUUAGGCUAUUGGUGCAAAUCCAUUGACCACCUUAAGCUACUGAUUGUCCUACUUUCGGAUUUAGGCUAUUUGUAUCACACUUAAUUGUAUUUUUGUCUUAUUUAUUUUAGCAAUGUUCUAUAUAUGGCCAGACGUUAUUUAAAUAAAAAUGUUUUC